AUGGCUAGUGCUCAUGAUACUCCCAUGACCAGGUUCCUGUUCGCCAUCCUCAAGCAGAAAAACCUCAAGGACAUCGACUGGACCCAGGUCGCCAGUGAUUCGAUCCUUUCCCAGCCCAUCUCCAACGGUCAUGCCGCCAGGAUGAGAUACUCGCGAUUUCGCAGCCAUAUGCUGGGUCUGGAGCCUCAGCGACGGAACCGUCCCAGUCCGGUGGCCAAGUCUAAAGUGACCAAGUCGAAGAAGACGGCCCCAGUCAAAAAGGACGAACCAGUCAAGUCUGAUCCUGGUUCAGCCGCGGAGACAUCGUCCCUCCAUGCAAUACCCAAGGCGGAAUCGCCUACCGUGAAGAAGGAGCCGUGCCAGACACGAGACGAAGCCCUGACUCAACAUGAUUCGUCGCCAGCUGUCUCGGCACCAAUAAACGAGUCCCAGGUGCAGUUCCAGUCGAGGCUGCUUACGCCAGCCAGUGACACCGACCCCAUGGCCACGUCUCAGAGCUAUGCCUCAAGCCCGACAAGCGACCUGCUCCCUCCAGAUGCCGCUGCAUUUGACUUUGCUUCGGCAUCUCAACUCGCCCCUGAUUCUCAGGGCAUCUGGCCGCAGGCUAUCCAAUACCACCCACUCGGUCACAUGUACAAUCCUGGCCCUUGGGCUCCAAGCCUCUACGACCCGCAUCACCAUCACCAAGUCCUUCAUAUGCAGCAACACGAGAACAGCCUCGCUCAUCAUUACCAUCAACAGCACCAGCACCAGCACCAGCACCAGCACCAGCAAACCCCAGCUCAUCUGCAAUUGCAGCCGGGACAUGACCUACAACCCUUUUAUCGUACUCACGAUGGGCAUCUUGCGGGCAUUACUACACAGACCACCGGCAUUGACCCGGUUGCAGGCUCGUCCGAUGUCAAGCAAGAGGAUUGA